CCCACGUGGUGAGCUCAGAGCUUUAUCUCAUUGGUGCCACCUGCCAAGGCAGAGAAGGAGAGUGCUGGAUGGUGAUACAAUGACCACUAUAAAUGUCAGCCAGGCUGGCUAAGGUUGGCCAGGAAGGAACAAAGGCAGCUGCAGCCUGAGAAGAGUCACCUUCUAAGAUGGAGAAGUUCAAGGCUGCGAUGUUGUUGGGGGGUGUCGGUGAUGCACUCGGCUAUGGGAAUGUCUGCAGAGAGAACAGUGCUUUAGGCUCAAUCCAGGAGGAGCUGCAAAAGACUGGGGGACUGGACAGCCUUGUGCUGUCAGCUGGAAAGUGGCCAGUGAGUGACAACACCAUCAUGCACAUGGCAACGGCCGAGGCCCUCACCACAGACUACUGGUGCCUGGAUGACCUGUACCGUGAGAUGGUAAAGCGCUACGUGGAGACCGUGGAGAAGCUCGCGGAACAUCGGCCAGACCCUUCCACUAUCGAGGGCUGCUCGCAGCUGAAGCCAGAUAACUACCUCCUCGCCUGGCAUACACCCUUCAGUGAAAAGGGUUCGGGGUUUGGAGCUGCCACUAAAGCAAUGUGCAUCGGGAUGCGGUACUGGAAGCCAGGCCGGCUGGAGACCCUCGUUGAAGUCAGUAUUGAGUGCGGUAGAAUGACCCACAACCAUCCCACAGGUUUCCUUGGGUCCCUGUGCACUGCUCUGUUCGCCUCCUACGCAGUACAAGGAAAGCCCCUUGUACAAUGGGGAAGAGAUAUGCUGAAGGCAGUCCCGCUGGCUGAGGAGUACUGCAGGAAGACCAUCCGGCACAUGGCAGAGUACCAAGAGCACUGGUUUUACUUCGAAGCAAAAUGGCAGUUUUAUCUGGAGGAAAGAAAAAUCAGUGAAGAAACAGAGAACAAAGCCACCUUCCCUGGCAACUACGAUGCUGAGGAGCGAGACAAGACAUACAAGAAGUGGAGCUCAGAAGGCCGAGGGGGACGGCGCGGCCAUGAUGCCCCCAUGAUAGCCUACGAUGCCCUCCUUGGUGCAGGGAACAACUGGACCGAGCUGUGCCAGCGGGCCAUGUUUCACGGAGGUGAGAGCGGAGCCACGGGGGCAAUUGCUGGCUGCCUGUUCGGGUUGCUGCACGGCCUGGCCAGUGUUCCACGGGGCUUGUACCAGGAACUGGAGCACAAAGAUAGACUAGAAGACUUGGGCACAGCCCUGCACCGCCUGUCCACAGAAGAAAAGUAAAGUGUUUCUGCCAUUUCCCCUCCCAGAGGGCAGCCCGUAGCUGUCCAGGCUCAGACUUGGAGGCUCCCCUAGGAAAGGGUACACACGUGUGCUGUGUCCACACAGGAACACAUGCCUCCUGGACCAUAAUCCCACUGUAACUUUCCCCUCCAGUUCCAAACCCUGUUUGCUAUAUAAAAUACAUUGUUUGUCCUAAGAGAA